GUGGUUCACUUUACUGUCAAAUUAGGUCAAAAAUAAAAAUUAAAAAAACAAACGUCAAAAAAUUUUGGGACAUUAACCCGGCCGGUUUAACUUUUUAAAAAUAAUAUUGAAUUGAUAAUAUAUUUACAAAAGAAAUUAUAUUAUUAAUAAUGGCUUUAAAAACGCCCUACGUUAAACUUGCAAAUGGUUACGAGUGCCCUAUACUAGGUUUGGGAACUUGGAAGUCAAAGCCAGGCGAGGUGGUGCAAGCAGUGAAGGACGCCAUCGACAUUGGCUACCGGCACAUUGACUGCGCCUUUGUGUAUGGCAAUGAGCCGGAAGUUGGUGAGGCUAUCAGUGCCAAGAUUGCUGAAGGGGUUGUCAAGAGAGAGGACCUCUUUAUCACAUCCAAGCUGUGGAACACCUUCCACCGCCCCGACCUGGUGCGCGGCGCCCUGCUGAAGACCCUGCAGAACCUCAAGCUGGACUACUUGGACUUGUACCUCAUCCACUGGCCGCAGGCUUACAAGGAGGAGGGCGAGCUGUUCCCAGCGGACGCGGACGGCAAGAUCCAGUUCUCGGACGUGGACUACCUGGACACGUGGCGCGCGCUGGAGCCGCUGGCGCGGGAGGGGCUGGCGCGCAGCCUCGGCCUCUCCAACUUCAACUCCAAGCAGGUGGAGCGGGUGCUGCAGGCUGCCUCCGUCAAGCCUGUCGUCAACCAGGUGGAGUGCCACCCGUACCUCAACCAGAAGCGGCUGCAGGAGUUCUGCGAGGCGCGCGGCAUCAAGCUCACCGCGUACUCGCCGCUGGGCUCCCCGGACCGGCCCUGGGCCAAGCCGGGGGAGCCGCAGCUGAUGGACGACCCCAAGCUGCAGACCCUGGCCGCCCGCCUCGGGAAGACUGUCGCGCAGAUCCUCAUCAGGUACCAGAUAGAGCGCGGCAUCAUCGUCAUCCCGAAGUCGGUGACGCGGUCGCGCAUCCUCAGCAACUACCAGGUGCUGGACUUCGCGCUGGCGCCCGAGGAUGUGACGCUGAUCGACAGCUUCCACUGCAACGGCCGGCUGGUGCCCAUGACCGCAUCGCUCGGUCACAAAUACCAUCCGUUUGAAAAUGAUGAAUUUUAACAACAUUCCCAAAAUAUUAACAACAUUCAUUAUCAGACUUGUUUAAGGAGACGCCAUCAAAACUAGUAGAGUCCUCAGGGCAACGACCUCGUGGCGGCACGUCUUUGAUGCAAAUAAAAAAAUAAAAAAUAAAAUAAAAUCUUUAUUGACCAAAAAUAUAUACAAAAAUCAUAAUAUUGCCUGUGGUGUCCACACUAGAUUGACCUGUAUCUUGGAGACCAGGUAGGAUUUUCUAAUGUUUUCCGUUGGACUAGGACUAAUUACAAAAAUUUUCCAUAACUAUCCUGAAUACUGUUCUGGAGAAGGAAUUUUCCAUUUUAUACAAUGGUACAGUGCAUACCCUAAUUAAACAUAUUGUGCUCGCCACUGCUUGAGACUCCAUGAUACUGUAAAUGGUUCUUAAAUAAUCGCCAUUUAGUGCCUAUUGUAUGUAUUUCGUUAUCUUUAUAAGAACAUGGUUCUGUUAUCUAUAUUGUUAUUAAGAUAAGUAUAAAACAAUAAAUAUUAUCUAAAAGUU